CGACCACACGCCAUCUUUUCACUUCUUCACCUCUUUCCAUCUUAUCCAUCACGCCACGCAGUCUCCCUCUAAGCGAACGCAGAUCGAUGGAGCUGACAGCCCAGCAGCUGAGCGAGUACAACGGCACCGACCCAUCCAAGCCCAUUUAUGUGGCUGUGAAGGGCCGAAUCUUCGACGUCACAAACGGAAAGUCAUUCUACGGCCCCGGAGGUUCCUACGCCAUGUUCGCCGGCAAGGAUGCCAGCAGAGCUCUGGCCAAGAUGAGCAAGAACGACGAGGACGUGUCACCCUCCCUCGAUGGCCUCUCGGAGAAGGAGAUCGGGGUCCUCAACGACUGGGAGAAGAAGUUCGAAGCUAAGUACCCUGUGGUUGGUCGCGUCGCUUCUUAAUCUCUAAGCUGAAGCAUUUUACCGCUAUAUGUUUUAUACACAAGUGUUUAUGAAUGUAUUUGACGUUUCGUACUGGUGUUAUGGAGAAAAUAUGCUUCUAUGUAUAAUGUUGGAAUUUGGCGACUUUAUUGUUGCUUUGCUAGUUUUAAUCUUGCGGGUCAUGUGCGAGAGGGUUUGUCUUGUGUUUUAGCUUGGGAAAUAUAAUAAAUUUGGGCAUCUUGGCAUCCA